AUUAAGCCACGGCCGAAGCCUCUCACCAGCCAGACCUGGACCAAUUAAGAAAACCUUAAUCGGCCCAGCCGGGGAUCGAACCCAGGACCUCCGUCUAGUAAAUCCACUGCGCCACGGGCCUCCGUGUAUAAUAUAUUCUAUUUAUUUAUUUACGUUGCAAAUGCAAAUUGCAAUAAUAAUGUCAAACUGUUGCUAUUGCCUAUUAAGCUUGGUCAACAGAGGCGUCCAAAUUAAGCACUAACUUUCUAAAGCUUUCACCAACAUAAAAAUAAGCUUUUGCUUAACUACUGGUACUGGAUCAAGGGUCGUAUACAGAAGGCAGUGAUUCUUGAGACGGAGCAUAUUGUGAGAAGGUUCCUCACUCUGGAGCCUUGCCCACCGGUUGCUUGGGACAUCAAAUGCAGCAGCAGGGGAGGGGUUGAAUUAUUAAAGUGAUAUGUAUUAUAUUUAGCGUUUUGACAACACUGUUAAUAUUUUAAAUACAAGAACAUGAGUGAAUGAGAGAAAAAAAAAUAUUUAUAGAGUUAGAAUAAUAAUCAAGAUCCCAGAUCCAGACCAAUCUGCCAUAACAUGUUCACAGCGUCUCAUCCAUUUUGAAUACUUUUGAUGUGCAUGUUGUGAAAAGUUGCUCUGUGACACGGGCAGGUGUAGUCGGGAGCAGAUUUCAUGAUGUUUUGGAACAUUUUACAAGAUUUUAAGCAGCAGGGCAUCACUCUGUGCUCACCUUUACAUGCGCCUCCCAUCCUACCAAUGAACCAAUUAAAAUGAUACUGGUUUUUUUCUAACAUCCACCCAUUGUGUUUUGGAGUAAAAUUGGUUGGUUGUUAGUAAUUUUUUUUUUUUUUUAAUUUUUCAAUAAUUUGUUUGCAAUUUUUAGGGUUUCUUACCUCAAAAGGAAAAAAAUUAACCCUUAUAAGAUCACUUUGUCUGUCUAUCAAUACUCUGUAUUUUGGGAUUAUGUUCAAUUAACAACUUAAAAUUUAAACAGUUACUACUAGUUUAAAUCAACCUGAUAUACCAGAUAUCCUCACUGCAUAGUUCGCUGAAGACUCAAGUGUUCUAAAUCCAAUAUGGAUGUGUUGCUUAAAGCUGUGGAGGACAGUCAGUCAUUCCAAUAUCAAAAUACUCCAGAGUUACCAGAACCUAGUAUCCUGCAUAAUACUAAAAGCGCCCUGGUUCACCAAAACAGCAGUUGCAUGAAUACCUACCUACAGUCAAAGAAGAAAUAACAAAUAACAAAAAGCAAGAGCACACAAAUAGUCUUGCCAAAUUCCUUAUUAUGCAUAAUAAGGCAUAAAGAGUUGUACAGCAAUGACCACACAGUUACAAAAUGGAGUUACCUCUGACCAUAUAAAUCCAACUGAUCACUGAUGGAAUUAACUUUGUUUUUGUCUCUCAUAUUUCUGAAUUUGUUGUUAAGUGUUGAGUUCAUUUCUUUUAUUUAAAAAAGGUAACUGCCCAGGUGCCACAGAGCAAGUCUCAUGCAGGUAUUCAAAGCACUUAUGAGGCUACUCUGCAACCAAAAACAUGGAGGUUAAUCUUAACGUAAAUAAGUUAUGUCAGAUCGCUCUGGGAUCUUGAACCAAUACUGAAUCCAAAGUCGAAGUGGAAUGUUUAAUAACAAACACAUUAAAAAUAAUGGUAAAAGUUUUUUAAAGUUAGGAGCUAGCAAUGAUCAUUACUUGGUUGAUCGCCGAUUGGUAGUCAUUUAGGUAUAGGUUAGGUGUAGGUUUUAAUUAUAAAAUGUAACAGAUUGAUUGCUGAUCUUAAUUAUAAUUUAUGAUUUAUGAUCUGUCUCCGAUCUUGGUUCACACUUUAGUUUUAGUUAUACUUAAUAUAAUUUUGUAAUAAUGAUUUUAUAUUAAUUUUGCAAUAUAAUAUAUUGCAAAAUUUCUUAUUAAAUAAGUAUAAAAUCAUAAGGAUUUGCAUUCUUCAACCCCCUAGCUGCUCCAAAACGUAAGUUGCAUGUAACAAGCAUUAUCUGCCUAUAUUUGCCUGCCUUCUUUUUGCCUAUUUUCAAAUUUGUUUGUUGAUAAACAUUCCACAUAGAGUUAAGAUUUAGUUUAAACUGCCAUUUUUUUUUACUUUGCUCUGAUGAUCAUCAGGUGUGGAUAAGACUUCAGACUUCCAUUUCUAUCUUUGAAUGGUUUGGUGAUGGAUUUUUUGAAUUGUUUUACUUAUAUUAUCCAGAUGGUAUAGAGUUGGUAUAUCCGUUUAGGGUGAGAAAUUGUUUGUGCAAACCAAUGUUAGCAUGUACUUCAAAACUACUGGUCCGAUUUUAACGCUGUUUUCAUUUUGUUGAUUCGGAUGGUUUCAUUGAUGGGUUCAGGUUCAAUUGGUGCAUGUUCUUAGGUGUUCUGGUGACAACUUACCACGGGGCGCUGCUUUAAACAUUUGUUUGUGUAAAACAAAAACUACUAUACCGGUUUUGGUGUAGCUUUACUUUUUAUAUUUUAUAAAAACCAUCAAGAGCAUUAUUCAUAUUAAUUUAAUAUGAAACAUGGCUAAAACUCACGUGAUACAACGUCGGUAUAUGCCUGACUAGUUUAGAACCCAUACAGGGCCCUUAGUCAUGAGCUGGUUCUUGCAACGCGGCACGAUCCGCACUGAAAGAUUUGGAAGACUGACCGUUUGUAUCAUGUAGAUAAACUAUAAGGGUUAUGGACCAUAUGGGUUCGAAACUAGUCGGGCAUACUUUGUAUUUUAUUUAUUUGCAGUUUUAUUGCUACUUUGCUAAAAUCUUGCAUGUUUAUCUUUUUAUGCUUCUAAGUGGGAUAAAUCGUCCUAUGUGCGAUCUGCGACGUGGUACGGGUGUGCGUGUGCGAGGUCCACGUGGCCCAAGUAGAUCGCCACUGGUGGCAGGACUGGUGGAGGAUGCGGUGGUCGGUGCCGGUCGCGGAGGACCUAGGAAGCGAUGUAGAACACGAGGAGGUCGCGUCAAUACUAGUACCAGGCGACCAGGGCCGAGAACUAUUGACGAGCUUGUGAUCUGCGAUAUCUCGGAAAUGCCGCAAGGCCAGGGUCUCGAGACUCCCCUGCAUCCUAAAAAGCAGCGCAGAUUUAUACCAUCAAAACCUGCAAAACAACCACGGGUACAAGCACCGCCUCCCUCAUCAUCGCUAUCGGAUGCACCAUCACAGGGGUCAUCGUUGUCCGUACUAUCAAAACCCCCAAAGCUAUCACCGCCGCCCUCACCAUCGCUAUCGGGUGCACCAUCACCGGGGCCAUCGUCGUCCGUAAUAUCAGAACCCGCAACACCACGGCCACGAUCACCACCUUCCUCACCAUCGUUAUUGGAUGCACCACCACCGGAGCCACCGACGUCUCCUCCGCCCGUAGUGUUUGUGGAAUAUGUGGAUUUUGAGUCGAAUUCGAGCUCAAUAUCCGCGUCUCCAUUGAAGCAUCCAUCUUCACGGCAACCACACACUCGUCGCUCUCGGCGAUUGCUAGAUGAGGAAAGCGGCUACUUCACCUUCUAUGGAAGCGACGAUGAUACAGGGGAGAGCGAUGACGAAAAUGAAAUUGCGGUUCCAGUAUUACCGAGGGUGUUCCGGAGCAUGAUGGAGACACCUUUGGAUGACUCAGAGCCCGUUCCUGAUACAUGGCCAGCCGUCGGACUCCUCAAAGAUCCUCUGGAUCUCUAUGAGUUCAACUGGAGACCGUUUCCAAAUCCUCCGAUUCCCCCAAACUCGAGGCGGGAAACGUUCUCUGUAAAUAAUGUAGGUCCGACAAAUCCAGGUGCCGACCCAUAUGAUAUUUUCAUUGAAAUAUGGGAUCGGCAAAUAAUGGAGCACAUUGCGUGGGAAACAAAUAAAUAUGCUCAGGAGGUGGCAGCCAAGAUGAUCGAAAACAACACUCUGCGCCCCAAUAGCCGCAUAUGUCAGUGGUAUGAUACCACUCCCGACGAAUUAUAUACUUAUUUCGGCCUCGUUCUGGCGAUGGGUGUUGUAGGUAAGUCGAGGAUCGAAGAAUACUGGAGUUCCACCCCUGACGUAUUUUAUACUCCAGGUUUUAGUGCACACAUGACCACCGACCGCUUUCUAAUCCUUAGUAAAUGCUUACACUUUAAUGACAAUAGCAUGUGUGCGCUAGACCUGGACCACUCCGAGGCCAGACUAUUUAAAAUACAGCCAAUAUUGUCACAUUUGAAUAAUAAAUUUCAGAAAAUGUACACUCUGCGGCAGAACAUUGCUGUUGACGAGAGUCUCUUGAAGUGGAAAGGCUCGCUGGAAAUCAGCCAGAUUAUUCCCAAUAAAGCUGCUCAUCGCGGUAUCAAAACGUAUGAGAUAUGUGAAUCUCAAACCGGUUACCUAUGGCGGUUUGAGGUUCACGCUCAUAAAAGAAAUCAUAAGCCGGCCUCUACAACAGCCUUGGUCUUGAAGUUGAUCGAAGGCUUGGAGCACAAGGGCUACACGCUGUGGAUGGAUAGUUUUUAUCAAUCCCCGUGUCUGGCUCGACAGCUCAAGCUUUUAGGCUUUGACUGUGCGGGAACCCUGCGGACAGAUCGCAAGUUCGUCCCGCAGGCCCUGAACAUCCUCAGCAAGCAGGACAUGCGCCUAGGGGAGAUCACUGGUCUCACCGCAGGGGACGUCGAUGUCAUGGUAUGGAGAGACAUGAAUAAGGUGGGCAUGAUCUCUACAUACCAUGGCAACGGUCAAAACACAGUCCAAGGGUCCACCAAACCCAUACUGAUAUUGGAUUACAAUAUCAUGAUGGGCGGGGUGGAUAAAAAAGAUCAGCUCCUGUCCAUGUAUCCGGUGGAGCGAAAGCGGACAAGGGUGUGGUAUAAAAAACUUUUUAAGAGACUUCUCAACGUCUCCGUAUUGAACGCUUAUAUCAUACAUCAUCACACUUCUAGACUGAGUCAUCGGAAUUUCCGUAUGAAUCUUGUAAAUGCCAUUCUCGCAAAGCACUGUACCCCUUUGCCGAUUUUGAAUGCACCUGCGCGAAACAAAAAAGUCGACGUCAGUCACCGAUUAGGCCAGUUGCCUAGUAGGAAGAACCAACGCCUGCGGCGCACCUGCGUGAACUGUAAAAAACUAGUGCGCACGUUCUGUGUGGGUUGCACCAAAUCCGUAUGUAUGCAUCCAUGUUUUCUCAUUAUCCAUUCCUAACUUUAUCUAAUUGUUUUUUUUUAUUAAUUAACUUAAAUUUUCAAGUUUCAUAUUAUGUAAUUGUUCAAGUUCGGUUUUGCUGCGAAUACCGUCUUUGUGUACAAAUUGUGUUAAUUAUGUUCAAAUGUGGCAAUAUGGCAUUCAUAAUUUUAUGUAAUUGUAUUUUUUUUUAUUUGUGAUUAAAAUUUUCUAGUUGUAAGUUCGCUUUUGUCGCAAGCGCCGAGUUUGAAUCCCUCACAAAGCUCAGGAAUUGUUGAAUAAUUGAAUUAUGUUGAUUCUAAAUUAGAAUCGUAAGCCUUGUGAGGAAUUCAAAAUUCUUUGCUCUUUUCACCUCCAAUAUGUAAGAAUAUUUUACAUAUUCUUUUGUGUUGUAUAUGGUCGCCGCAGAGACGUGGCUCUACAAAAUCAUUAAUCUCAAACCUAAUAAUUGUAUUAAUCUUACUCUUUGGUUAUUACGAUUCGAAUUAUUAUCUAAUAAUCUUGUGAUUUUGCAAUCAAAAUAAUGUCCUAUCGUAAUGUCAUUAAUGAUGUCUCUCAAGUAAUGAUUAAGGAUGGCAGCACUAGAAAAUAGACUCUUUAAGUUCAAUGUUGAGAUUUUGCUGUCUGUCGGUCAGCUAAAUCUACGUUUAUUUUGAUCAUUUUAGAAUCAAGUUUUCGUGUAAUCGGGUUUUAAUUAUUUACUGAUUUAAUAAUUAACUACUGCUACCAAACUGUCAACCGUGACGGCGUCUGACCAAUAGGAGACCAUCACGUGACUCUGGUCCAAUAGCAGACGAUCGUAUGAUCUUUCGAUAGAUCAGGUUGCUUGCCAGUUUAGUAGUAAUCGCUUUUUCAAAAUAGAUAGUUGUUUUCCAUUUUUGAAGCAUAGAUAAAUGGUGAUAGUGAUUUAGAAGUUAAGUAGUGAUUUUAAGAAAAAGAGUGUGAUUGGUAACUUAGGUUGUAACAUAUGUUAAAUUCUUUGUUGAGCAGCGUGAAAUCGUCACGUUGCUCGUCGCGUCCGAUAAUGUUUCGUGUAAUUAUUGAUCUUAAUUUUUUUACUGUGGGUAUGGAGAACAUGUCCGGCAGGUAAGGUGAGUGUAUGCAUUUUAAAAUGUAAGGUACUUUUAAACCUACUCCCUUGUCACAAGUCUUGGGACCUGCUCGAUUUGUUUCCUCUACCACUUGUACCAGAGAAAAUAGUAAAAUUAAGUGUAGUUAAAUGUGUGAGCGAUUAGUGAGUAUUGUAUGCGUAGUGCGUGUAGUGUGUAGUGUAGUAUACCUAGUGUAUGUGACCAAGGUCAGGUCAAUGGUUCGGCCCGUAUUUUUUGAUGAGGAUACGGCUUAUGCGAAUGUAUUUAUUCGCGACGUUCGUUUACUUAUUGCGUUAGUUACAGUUUCGGCCACCAGGUCAAAACUUGUGUGACAAGUUGUUGGCACUAAAAGCAUCUUAAUGAUUCUGUUGGCAUUCAACUUAAAAGAUUCAGUUGUAAGUGUUGUAAUAUAGUCUAUUGAAAUAAUUACAUUUUGUAAUUAUACAUAGUUCUAAAUUUCCUAUUGAUAACAGUACAAUUACAAAUACUAGUACUGUCUCAAUUGAUAAUUGUUAUAAAGACGACCCAGUUGCAACUUUUGUAACUCAGUCUUUUGACACCUUUAAGAACAUUUCUAAUAGUACGAAUAUUUAACCGCAAUAUUAAUAAUAUUAUUUUUUAACUAGACAAUAAGUCAAUAAGUCAAAGCUGGUGGCCUGUAACUUUAAUCGUUUUCUUGUGGUUCUGUAGCUGACUAUGUUGUAUGAUAUUUGAGUUGAAAACCCUGAUGAUUGCAUUCAUCAAAUGCAACGGUUGUUGUUGGAAACCAAUGUCCUUAACUGGUUCAAACUAAAACAAAUAUCCUCCAGUAAAGGACAAGUGUCGGAACUUAAUUUUUUUUUACCCAACUGCAAGAAGGGUUAUGUUUUUCGCGCCCAAAUUAUGUAGGGUUCAAAAAAAAUUUAUUAAAACAAAACAUACUUUGUUACACUUGUACAUAUGUAAGUUAUAUCGACAUAGUCACCAUCCCUCUCGAUUCAAGUAGUAAGCCUUGGGAUCAAUUUUUUGAUGCCUACUUCAAAGAAAUCUCCAGCCAGCUCUUUCGCCCACUUUUCCACUUUUAAACAAAAAACGAAAAGAGACUUCCUCGCCCGUUUGUUCCCAUCCAUGUGCACCUUAAGGGAAGUGAAGAAAACCCUUCGAAAGAAAGUUUCGUCUCCUAUAACAAUAGAGUAGAAAAAAAUCAUCGCCUUCGAGUUCGUAACGUUCCAAAAACUUUUUGGAGCGCUACACUCUAUUCAACUUGUGCUGUUCUGUCAGCUGUUUUGGGACCCACCUCGCAAACAAUUUCCGACAUCCGAGAGUUUCUGUGAUUGUUUCGUGUAUCAGGAGAUUUACGGAAACAUCGCAGAAACGUCAUCUAACGUCAAUCUGCGAUCGUUACAGACCGCAAUCUCGAUUUUUUCCACAAGGUAGACACAAUUGAAGAUCUUCCGGUGCGGUCAUGAACGGAAGUACGGCCAUAAACUCGCGACACCACUUGUACACACUUGUACGAUUCAUAGCUGUAUUAUCGUAAACAGUUUACCUCAUUAUAAAUUUCAACCGGAGCUUUUCCCCUCGGAAGAGAUAGAGAAUGACGACGCGAAUUUUACUUGGCGGGAGAUACGACAGAGAUCAACAUUUUACGCGAGAGAUGCUCCUGCGUCAAGAGUUUUCAACACACAGACCUCGGAUCGGUCUUGUUUUGAAAAGGAGAUGGGCUACGCGGCAGUGUUGCUAAUAUGUCAAAAGAGCUUUCCCUACAGCUGUGAGACCACCAGUACACUUAGUUUCUCGACGUGCCUCGUAUGUAUGUAUGUAAUAUUCUUUAUUACCUCAUAUCUUCCAAACCGCUGAACGGAUUUGCGUAAUUAAGAUAUCGUUUAUUUGUUCGUUUCCUUUCUUUUUUUUAUUUCAAGUACGCUUUUACAAUUAUACAUGUACAACUAAAUACAUAAAUAUUUAAAUUUAAAUAUUUAAAUUACUAGUAACUAACCUAACCUAAACAUAAUAUAAAAAUAGAAUAAAAGGAAAUAUAAAAUUAUAUCUACAGACUUAGGCGUCGUAGAAUUCAUCCGAAUCGAUGAUCAUUGGUAAAGUGCCCAGAAGGCUGGCAGUAUUGCCACGUUCUAUGGCAAUAUUGAUUCUCUGACCUAAAUAUAGGCCAGCCUUACGUUACGGGAGGCGUCGAUUAAUCGCUUUGCGAUUUCUUUAAAAAGAAAGCGAGUACUCGGACUCCACGAACUUAGCGUUACGACCGCAAGCGGCUUAAAUACAUAAUCUCCGACGAGAUUGCUGUAUUUGCGCCGCUUGAGGGUCUCUGCUGAUGCAGCAGCAGCGCACAUCCCAUCGUGCCAGGAAGGUGUGAAAGCGCAAGAGUGACAACGCACACCAAAGGCCUACCCAUCUUCCAUGGCAUCAAUGACAUGCCGUCCGGUCUCUUGCCAUCGUCGCGCGCUAAACCGUUAGGUUCUAAAACGGCAGGCACACUUGCGGUGACAAGAGCACGACGGAUGAUGUCGUUGAGACUAGCGUGCCGCGGAAUACGGCCAGUGCUCCUACUGCAUGAAAGACCGUGGUGUCCAAGUUUAUCGACUAGCUCUCCACAGAUACAGCGAUGCGGAGAAACACACGGAGCGCCCAAGCGAAGGCCAUAAGAUAUCGUUAGAUUUGUUUUAAUAAAUAAUAGGUGAAGUUAAAAAAACCAACACGAUGACUGUGAGAUGAAGAGGUGAAUUUUUUUUUUUUUUAAUAUUGCGAUAUGGGUAUCAAAAAUAAGCAUCAAAAGAAUUUCAAAAUGGUAUACCAUGGCCAUAUUAAAAACCCUACAUUUUGGAAAACGUUAUUUAUUAAUAGCUGUACAAAAUACGCGUAAUAAUUGAUGCGAGCAGAAGUCGGGUUUUUUAUUUUUUUUUAAUAGGGAUGAUACUAGGUUUGAAUAUAUUGAUUUUUAUGAUACAUGCAAUAAACUAUAAAAUUAUACGCACAAAUAACAAGGAUAAUAGUAAUUUUGUUUAACGGCCCAUACAAAUCUAACGAUCAUUAUGGACCUACGACGUCAUUAAAUCGUACCAUUUUGUAUGGGGCGUUUUUCAGGAGUCCUUGGCAGAAUCCGCAAAUCUGACCCUAUAAAUCUGAAAGUAAUGAUCGCAGAUACCCUGUUACUUUUAUAAAAUUGCUUUACUAUUAGCUUACUCCUAAUUUAUAUACAACUAGCGGAUGCCCGCGACUUCGUCCGCGUGAAACUCGAUGUAAACUUUCAACUAUCCAUCCUUGAACUUCAACGAACAUUUUAAAAAAAGAUUUGGCCAAAUUGGUCCAGGCGUUGUUGAGUUAUGCGCUUACCAACACAUUUUGCGAUUCAUUUUUAUAUUAUAGAUUUAAAAAACUGUCAUCAUCCCUAUUAUUGACUUGUUACUUCUAUGAUAUUCUUUUUUUCUAUCAUAUGGCUUAUAUUUGCAUUGGUGGUUUGCAUCAAUCAGUCCCUGAAUGGUUUCGAGUAGUAUAGGUAGGUACCGGUGAAGAACAGCGUCCAUGAAUGGGUGUUUUGUGGGUCCAUAGGUCCAUUUCCAAGACUGGAUAUAUAUUUUAUAUGUUUAUAUUUGGGUCUAUCUACUGUAAAUAGCUCCUAAAAUAAAAUAAGUAAUAGAAAUUAAUAACAGUUAAUUUAUUUAAAAUAAAUUUAAGCAUUUAAAUCCGAUUAGGUUAAAAUUUUAACCCGAUUUAAAACAUUUUAAGUAAAUACGUAAUAUAGUCAAAAAAUAUUAAGGAGCAUAAUCAUCUGCUAUGACUUCAUUAUGUUCUAUUCCAUAAAACAAUUUGUUUUCCUUAAUAUAAGCCCAAGACAUCCUGGUUGAGCUGAAGUAUAUGCCAACAUCUCCAUUUUUGGAUAAAGUAAUUGCACCUGCCGUAUUGUUUAGACGAUUGGUCAUUCCUGCAACAAAAUAAAUGUAAUAUUUUUGUGGUACCUAGCAGCGGCGAAGAGUUCAUACAACCCGAUUCGCGCCGUUCGAACCUUUUAUAUAUCCAUACAUUCAUACAUUUCUUCGUUUGACGUGUCUGUCUGUCUGUCUGUCUGUCUGCAUACGAGUAGCUGCCGAACGGAUGAAGCGAUUACAAAUUAGUUUUUUUUUGUAUUCAAUUCAAUAUUCACCCACCCCACCCCGUGUAUAUAAUAUUUAUCAUUUGAUAUUGAUUUGGGGGAUUUUCAAAAUUAUCUAUUUUAGGUUAUUAAAAGUAAACAUGUGAAGAAAAAUAUUUUAUUUGUGGAAACUAAAGUAUCUAUCUUCUAUCUAAACUAUUAAAAGAAAAUUACCAGUAACUGCUUCUUUAGUAGCUGUAUUAGCGUCUGACCCAUUUUCCAUUAAUUUAAUAAUGCUAUGUGCCAAGCAAUAUUUGAGGAUGGAUUCACCAUGACCUGUAUCAAAUAAUAAACUUACUUGUAAAUAUUUUAAAGACUGAAUUUAAAUAAUAAUUAUUGUUUUAGACUGUAAGAUAAAUAAUGUUGUAUAUAUGUUUGUAUGUCUUUGCGUUUUCUGAAAGCGUAUUAUAAUUUAAUUUAUUGUUUGGAAUUAUGUAAUGACAUUGACAGGUUCC